AAGUAUUGUAACAAAAUGUGUUUUUGAGGUCUCAUUUGCUAUUUUUUAUUUUAUUUAUGUAAUGUUUUCCACCACUGUUUUCCUCUUUAUGAAAUUGAACGGUAUUGAUGCAGGCGCUAUAGCCUACAUUUCACUUUGUAAACGUAAUCUAAGGAAGGCUCUACUGCGCAUGCUCUUGGGGGCGGGUGACAGAUGACGAUCGACUUCACUGUACAAUACUUUGUGAAAGCCCGCUCUCCUGGUUGACACACACGUUUGUGUUGAAGAAGCACGAUGCUCCGAAUUGUGUUAUCCCGAACUUUGCCUCGAAUCUCUGGCAUUUCGAAUUGUCAGUAUUCUGCAGCCGCCAUCCCGGUACCAAGCGCCCAGCCCGAAGUCCAUUACAACAAGCUGUUCAUCAAUAACGAGUGGCAGGAUGCCGUCAGCAAGAGGUCCUUCCCCACCAUCAACCCAGCCACAGGAGAGGUCAUCUGUCAGGUGGCUGAGGCAGACAAGGCAGAUGUGGACAAGGCUGUGAAGGCUGCCAGGGAGGCCUUCCGGUUUGGGUCACCAUGGCGACGCAUGGACGCAUCGGACCGCGGGCUGCUCCUGAGCCGGCUGGCAGACGCAAUCGAGAGGGACACAGCCUACCUAGCGGAACUAGAGACCCUGGACAAUGGGAAGCCCUAUGCCGUAUCCUACAGCGUGGAUGUGCCCAUGGUGGUCAAGUGCCUCAGGUACUAUGCAGGCUGGGCAGAUAAGUGGGAGGGGAAGACCAUUCCCAUUGAUGGAGACUUCUUCUGCUACACCCGUCAUGAGCCCAUCGGCGUGUGUGGCCAGAUCAUCCCGUGGAACUUCCCUCUGCUGAUGCAGGCAUGGAAGCUGGGGCCAGCUCUGGCUACAGGCAACACUGUGGUGAUGAAGGUGGCUGAGCAGACCCCCCUCACUGCCCUGUAUGUGGCCAGUCUCAUCAAGGAGGUUGGUUUCCCUCCAGGUGUGGUGAACAUCCUGCCUGGUAUGGGUCCAUCUGCUGGUUCUGCCAUCGCCUCCCACAUGGAUGUGGAUAAGGUGGCUUUCACAGGAUCUACUGAGGUAGGUCACCUGAUCCAGCAGGCAUCUGGCUCCAGCAACCUGAAGAAGGUCACUCUGGAGCUGGGAGGAAAGAGCCCCAACAUAAUCAUGUCUGAUGCCAACAUGGCGGAGGCGGUGGAACAGUCCCACUUUGCCCUGUUCUUUAACCAGGGCCAAUGCUGCUGUGCCGGCUCCCGUACAUACGUGCAGGACACCAUCUAUGAUGAGUUUAUGGAGCGCAGUGUGGAGCGGGCCAAGAGCAGGGUGGUGGGAGACCCCUUCAACAUGAAGACUGAGCAGGGACCGCAGGUGGAUGAGGAACAGUUCAAGAAGAUUCUGGGCUACAUCAGCAGUGGGAAGCGUGAGGGGGCCAAGCUGAUGUGCGGGGGAGGGGUGGCUGCAGACCGUGGCUACUUCAUCCAACCAACCAUCUUUGGAGAUGUCCAGGACGGCAUGACCAUCGCCCGUGAGGAGAUCUUUGGGCCGGUGAUGCAGAUCCUGAAGUUUAAGACUCUGGAGGAGGUGGUUGAGAGAGCCAAUGACACAAAGUACGGCCUGGCAGCUGCUGUCUUCACCAAAGACAUCGACAAGGCCCACUACAUCUCUAGCGGACUUCGCGCCGGCACUGUCUGGAUUAACUGCUAUGAUGUGUUUGGAGCACAAGCCCCCUUCGGUGGCUACAAAUAUUCUGGUAACGGUCGUGAGCUGGGAGAGUAUGGCCUGGACAACUACACUGAAGUGAAAACAGUAACAAUCAAGGUCCCUCAGAAAAACUCGUAAAGAUGUCAGAACUCUGCCUCCAAUCAAGGAAACUAACUGACCACAGGAAGGCUCUAUGGAACUAAAUCAGCCUUUAUUUUGUUCAUCACAGAGUCCUCAGUUAUUCAGUUGGACUUUAAUAUGGUGAAUCCCUGCUACAAUGCAGAGUAGUUUUGUACUCUUGUAGAGUGAAAGGGUGAACUUUGAAAGGAUUUUGGAUAAUAAAUGCACUUGAUACACGCUAUUACUUGCUUUGAACCUGCUGUCAUCUGAUUGGACAAACAAUUGCAAAAGUGUUUUAUUAAUAGGCAAACAAUUAAAAUGCUUUUAAGGAGGAAAACCGUAUGGGAUUACAAAAUAUAGAUAUAGACUGAAAAGAAACAAAACACAGUCGUGGCAGUUCUAGUGCCACACAACACAAGUCAUAUGUCUCAACAUCUGUACAUUAUCUAGGUUGAAGUGUGUAACUCUGGAUUACAGUUUGAAAAUAGGCUACUGUAUUAUGCUCAGGUGUAACGAUAAUGAUAUAGCAUUUAGGGAAGAAGUAACCAAACAUUUAGGUAAGAGUAUACCAUACAGACUGCACACCACAGAGAACAGAUUGACGGAGAGUGUGUGCUUUCCUUUGGUAGACAGGUGCACCGUCAGAGAGAUGACCCAAGAGAUGAAGAAGAUAAGCAAGCUGAAAGUGAUAGAUUUACCCUCGUAGUUUUUGGGCAGGUCAGUUCCCAUGUAGGCAAAAUUAAAGCAUGCAAUACCCAGCAAAACGGCAAACAGUACUAUCACAUAAAAGAUGGGGAUGACUCCAUAUGUGCAAUCCAAAAUUACCUCGCUAUACAAUGUUAUCUGAUUGGGCUUGGGUCCUUCAAUGGCUAUCCACAAAAUGCACAGAAACAGCAUUAUGACAGUGGUUGUGAUAAUAGUGAUCCACUGACCACCAUGCUUGACCCAGAAAUCAUACGCUUUGGGCAGUUUGGCGGCCAUUUUGAAGAUACAGACAAUCUGGAAGGAGCGAACAGCAAGACAGGACAGGCAGGCCACAUAGAAGACUAAACACAGAAUUGCAUAAGGUGCAGAUGGCCUCUGGGUUUGCCGAUGUAGAGGAAGACACUGGAGGAGGACAUGGACAAGCAACACCACAUGAAGAAGCAGAGCCUCCCACCAGCUGACUUUACCACAGGGGUGUCAUGCUGUAGGGAGAGGAAGGGAAGAGAACGUCUGGGUGACAGAUGUGUACAGAUAACCAUUUUUGUCAUGUGAUUCAUAGGUAAUAAAUGGUGCCAGGUGUUCUUUCUGACGGAUUGACCUGUCAAGGAAAAACUCCAGGCAAAAACAAUGUU